GCGGCCUCCGUGUGGGGCUACGGGGCUGAGAGCGGGAAGUGGGCUUCAUUCUGUUCUCAGCAGACGAGGUUAGGGGUACGACAGCCCUCCUACAGCGAGGUCAGGCCAGGAGGCUGGAAUUAGGACGGUCGCGAGACCCUUUGUCUGCUCGCCCCGGCGGAGGGGCGGGGCCGCGCCGGUUCCGCCCGGAAGCGGAAGUGCGGGCACCCUGGGGUGCUGUCCAGUGAGAGGUUGGCCCGUGCGCCAGCCGUUCCUCCCGCUGGUCAUAUCUCGCCGUCUCUUCUGCCCGUGUCCCAUCGCCGGCCCCGCCAUGCUUUCUCUAGAUUUUUUGGACGAUGUGCGGCGGAUGAACAAGCGGCAGCUCUAUUAUCAAGUCCUAAAUUUUGGAAUGAUUGUCUCCUCGGCACUAAUGAUCUGGAAGGGGUUAAUGGUCAUAACUGGAAGUGAAAGUCCAAUUGUAGUGGUGCUCAGUGGCAGCAUGGAACCUGCAUUUCAUAGAGGAGAUCUUCUCUUUCUAACAAAUCGAGUUGAAGAUCCCAUACGAGUGGGAGAAAUUGUUGUUUUUAGGAUAGAAGGAAGAGAGAUUCCUAUAGUUCACCGAGUCUUGAAGAUUCAUGAAAAGCAAAAUGGACAUAUCAAGUUUUUGACCAAAGGAGAUAAUAAUGCGGUUGAUGACCGAGGCCUCUAUAAACAAGGACAACAUUGGCUAGAGAAAAAAGAUGUCGUGGGGAGAGCGAGGGGAUUUUAUCAGGAGAACAGAUCAGUGAAGGACAGGAAUUGUAAGUUACUGAUUCGUUCCUUACAUUGGGAUUGUGACGAUCCUCAUGAAUGACUAUCCUAAAUUUAAGUAUGCAGUACUAUUUUUGCUGGGUUUAUUUGUGCUGGUCCAUCGUGAGUAAGAAAUCUGCCUUGCUGUUCCUGGAAGAUGCUGUACUUUUUGUUCCUGAAUGUUUGGAGUAGAUAUCAAUCUGUGGUUGGUGGAAUGGAGAACACAUGUUGGCGCUUCUUGGUAGCACUGGUUUGCAUUAGUUUAUGUUUCCACGCCAGAGUACGUGUGGGCGGGUGCAUGUGCAUCACAGCGUGCACUCGAGGGGACUUUCAGUCACAGAAUUUCAUAAGUUGUCAUUGUCACACUUUCGCAUUUUUGUACAUCAGUGAAUUUUUUAUAUUAAAAGGUUGAGCCAAAGCCCCCAGUGUUUGUAUUUUGAAGCCAAGCUUCACUUCUAAAGUGCCUACAGAGUUCUGUAAAUGAAAAUGCAGCUCUGCACGAGUUUGAAACUGUCAUUCCUCCUUAUAAUGGGAAUGGCAUAUACUGAGGUGGUCGUCGUCUUAACUUUUAAAAAUUUUAAAUAAAAGACUUUGCAUAUCGAAA